GAUUUUAAACAAUGCAAACUACAGACACAAUUAAUGGCAAUGUAUUAGUCAGUUAAUUGUUUAACUGUUUUUUUUUCUUUUUAUUCUGAUUGUCACUCAAGCUCAACAGAAAGUAGUGAGGCAAAACAGAGAAGUGCUCCAUAAACUGAGGUGAAAUCAGAGUGACCACCCUGAUCAGCAGCCCCAUCAGUGCCUGUUAGAAUGGACCAUGUGAAGAUAAAAGAGAGAUGUCAGCCACCUGGACCUGUGCCUUACGUUGAUGCACCUGUGUGCCAGCAAACCAGCUGCAAUCAGUCUUUUGAGUUUUUUCCAGGAGGACCUGUCAACUUCCUGCCUGAGGGGACACAGACCCAGCCUUCUAUGGCCAUGACCGGCACACAAACACCGGAGCCUCCACCAAGCACCUUUCAAUACUAUGGGGAGACUCUGAAUUACGCGAACCGUUAUUCUAUGCCUCCAAUGCCAGUUGGAUUUUUUCAAGGGGGUCCCAUCAAGUUUCUGCAUGAGGGGACACAUAAAAUGAUGUCUAUGGCCAUGAGCAGCACACAAACAGUACAGCCUCUGCCAAGCACACCUGUGGACACCGCUGUGUACAACAAGGACAUGCUGCAUGGCCUCCAGACGAAUAGAAUGUCAACAGUGUCAGGUUCCACAGGUGACUUGACUGCCAGCCAGCUGCAUAAACCUAGCUCCAGCCUCCCACAGGGGGUGGCAGGAGCCAGUGCUCAUACCCCAAUGAAACCUGUCGCAGACGCCUUACAAAAGAGAGAGCUCCGCUUGAUGAAGAACAGGGAAGCCGCCCGGGAGUGUCGACGAAAGAAGAAGGAAUAUGUCAAAUGCCUUGAAAAUCGUGUGGCUGUGCUCGAAAAUCAAAACAAGACUUUGAUUGAGGAGCUUAGAACCUUAAAGGACAUCUAUCGACACAAAGUCGAAUGAUUCCUCAAAGAGAGAGGAGGAACCACGACUGUGUGGAACUGUGUCGUCUGCUUCUGUGGGGUGUCUUGAGGACUCUGGUUUUGCUUAUAUAGACACACGCACAAACACUCACAUGAACACACACUCACACAAAACACUCCUUGUCCUUGCUGUUAAAUGUGUUUACAUGAUGAUGUCAGUGUUUCUGGCUCUGAAUUACCCAGGCACCACAACCAGGAAAAACAUGAACCUUGUUUCAGGUCAGGGUUAUUGUCAGGGAGUAUUACGAGGAGCUUAUGUCCCUUUGCACAGGCAGGCUGCCAGAGCAUGCAGGAGGAGAAAGAAGGAAUAUGAGGACCAACUGAAGUUACGGGUUGCAAUACUGGAGCUGGAGAAUCAGAACCUGACAGCCAGGCUGCAGUGCUUCAAAAACCUGAACAUCCAAAUACCAAACAGUUACUAAUGCCUUUAUCACCUAAACUGCACUGCAUUUUACAUUCUACUUUGAUUAGUUGUAUAAUUUGGCUGUAUUAAUGUACUGUCAGUUGAAAGCCUUUGUGAUGGUCUAUUUUACUAUGGAUGUUUGUUAAGGGAAACACUGUCAUAAACCAAAUGUUCAAGGGAAUCUGAUCAAAUUGCAAUGUUUGUGUUUUAUUUUACUCCACUUCAGAACUUCUGAUGCAAGCACACUAACAGGAAUUAACACCCACUGCAUUUAUCACCCACCACCCAUCCCUCAUAUUUAACAUACAGUCCCACCAGGAUCUGUUGUGCAUCUCUACAAGGACUUUUCUGCUUCUGACCUGUGGCAUCAAUAUUUAUUUGGGCAGGUUUCCCCUGCAUUUUUAGACUUUUGAAUACAACUGCAUAGUUUGGAAAAAAUAGAAACAAAAACGUGUCUUAAUAUGAACAGGUGUACAUUUAGUUCACAACAACAACAUACAUGCGUUUGUGGAAAUUGAAUUAAUUUACUGUUUUAAUUCACUUUGCUUAGUCUCGGUAUACCUGGCUGAAUUUAGAAGUGCAUUUAUGUAACUCAUUUGUUUUAAUGUCAAAGUUGAUGCUGAAAUCCAGCUUUUUAACUUCAGUGUUGGUUUUAUUUAACACAUUAGCUGUUGUCUUGUCAUCACCACGUCGUAUUUAAAGGUCUUAGACAGAUGUUUUUAAAAAUGUAUUUGCCUCAAUAAAGUUCUUACUUGUC